AUGCCAGGAAAAGUCCCUAGCAGGAGCUCGAGGACAUCCGUCUCUGGAUCCCGCAAAUCAUCUACGGUGGAACCAGGUAGUCGCAGAUCUGCUACAUCCAAAUCCUCAGCGCCAUACGUUGAGAUUCCAGAAGAGACACCCGACAAUGAGUUGCGCGCGCAAAUUUCAUCUAUAUUUCGAGAUUCCCAAAGAAACACUGCAUCGCAUAGAAAACUGGUCGUCAACUUGCGUAAAAUACAAGAGGCCUGCUGCUAUGAGCCAACUAGCAAGAAAAAUAAAACUGGUGCGGAAGAUUUUGAUGAGGAGGAAUUUACAUACGAGUUCACAAGAUGUGUUCUAAGAGUGAUGCCGAUCAAGAAGAGUGAGAGUGUUGGAGAAAAGGCGAUUCGUUUUAUCGGGCUGUUCUUGAGACAUGCUAAUGAGAAGGACAACGAAGUGACCCCAGCAAAUGAAGAGGAGGAUGGAGUCUUGGUUGAGACGCCGAGUACUAGACUCACAAGUCACCUCAUGACGACUAUAUUGCCUCUUCUGACGGCCAAAGAGAAAUUUGUGCGAUUCAGAUCCACGCAGCUGAUUUCGCAUAUUAUUAAUUCUCUCGAUUCGAUUGAUGACGAUCUCUUUCAACAACUCCGACAUGGGCUUCUGCGCAGAAUUCAUGAUAAAGAAGCGAUGGUGAGAGUGCAAGCUGUGCUAGGUCUUGGCAGAUUGGCUGGAAACGAAGCAGAAGGGGAGGCAGAUGAAAGCGAUGACGAAUCCUCCGGGGGUUUGCUUGUAAAACUAUUGGCGGUUUUGCAAAAUGAUCCUAGUGCCGAUGUUCGAAGGUCUCUUUUGAUCAAUUUACCAAUAUUACCAAAUACGCUACCAUACUUGCUAGAAAGGGCCAGAGAUCAGGACCCUGCAACUCGUCGGGCACUGUAUUCUCGACUUCUGCCAGCUCUCGGGGAUUUCCGUCAUUUAUCACUUUCGAUGCGUGAAAAGUUAUUACGAUGGGGUCUUCGCGACCGAGAUGAAAACGUUCGCAAAGCGGCAGGGAGACUCUUCAGAGAACGUUGGAUUGAAGAUUGUUUGGCAUCAGCUGCAGCAGAAUCUGUGGAAGGUGAGGUAGCCGAAGAAAAUAGAGCGCCGAACAUGGACGCGCUAUUAGAGCUUCUCGAAAGAAUUGAUGUUGUUAAUUCUGGGGUUGAAAAUGGGGUUGCGCUAGAGGCGAUGAAGGGUUUUUGGGAGGGGCGACCCGAUUUUCGAGACGCCGUUACAUUCGAUGAUCACUUCUGGGACACUUUAUCGGCGGAAGCUGUAUUCAUGGCAAGGAGUUUCAAUGAUUUCUGUCGGAAUGAUGGAAAUAGCAAGUAUGAGGCUUUGAUUGAAGAGAAAAUGCCCGAAGUCACGAAGCUGGCAUUUUACCUCCACAGGUACACCGCCGUUUUGGUAGAGACUCUCAAGAGGAUUGCAACACAGGAGGAGAUCACCGAGGAUGUAGCGGAAGAAGAAGAUACAGUAGAGCAAGAAUUCAUUGUCGAGCAACUACUCCACAUUGCUCGAACUCUGGACUACUCAGAUGAAGUUGGACGACGGAAGAUGUUUACGCUUCUGAGACAGCACUUGGCGAUUCCGGAGCUGCCUGAGGAAGUUACCAAACUAACCGUUGAAGUCCUCAGAGGAAUUUGUGCCGCAACCCCUGCUGGUGAAAGGGAAUUUUGUAGUGUAGUCCUGGAAGCUGUUGCAGAUGUUCAUGAUACGGUUACGGAUGAACAAGACUUCGAGGAUGCGGAAGAGAGCUUCCAUUCUGCAAGAUCUGACGUCAGUGAUGACGAGAAGCCCACUAGAGGCAAGAAAAAGCCUCCAAUGACAGAGGAAGAGGAGCAAGAGAAAGCGGUCCGUGAAAUUAUGGUUAAUAUGAAAUGCUUGCAUAUUGUGCAAUGUAUGCUUGAAAAUGUUGAAGGAAGUCUUAAGGAGAAUCCGGAUCUUGUAGCCAUGCUCAACAACCUUGUUGUGCCAGCUGUGCGUAGCCACGAAGCACCUGUGCGAGAACGUGGUCUUCUCUGUAUUGGCCUGUGUUCUCUUCUUGACAAAUCUUUGGCUGAGGAGAAUCUGGCUCUUUUCAUACAUUUCUUUAGCAAAGGCCACUCUGCCCUUCAGAUCACUGCUUUGCAGAUCUUGACCGACAUGCUCAACCAACACGGUGCCCAACUUCUAGAGUCGAAUCCUACAAUUUUGACCAAGGUCUAUUUGAAGGCUUUGAAAUCCGGCGCCAAAGACCCUGAAGUCCAGGCAGCAGCUACCGUUGCUGUUGCUAAGCUCUUGCUGGGACGUGUAAUUACGGAUGCUUCGUCUGCUAUCGAUGAUCUAUUGAAGACAUUGGUUGUCCUUUACUUUGAUCCCAGCACAGCUCACAAUCAAGGUGUUCGUCAAACACUUACCUAUUUCCUACCGGUCUACUGUUAUAGCAGAGCAGAAAAUCAAGAUAGGAUGCGUGGAGUGGCAUUAGAUGCCAUGCACAAACUUUUUGAAACCCAAGAUGACGAUGAGGAUGCUGAGGCUGAAAUGGUUGGUCUUGGGACGAUUGGUGCUCAUUUGGUAGAUUGGACAGACCCUAGAAAAUGCUAUGUUCCUGGAAAUCAACUCACGUUGUCCGAUGAUGCAGCUAAGAAGGUAGUCAAUGGAGAUGUCCAUCUUGACUUUGCUAUGGAUAUUCUAGAGAGGUUAAACUCUUCUAUGAGACUGGAAGAAAAGAAAACUCUCACACCGCUCCUCGCCAAACUUCAUAUCUCACCAGCCUCGUCCGAGGAUAAGCUUCGCGCCACAUAUGAGGAGGUGACUGAGGCCGUCGAGAACAAAAAGUUGGGCCUCGAUGCUACUGGUAGAAAUGCUUUGUUCAAGAUACACGUUACUCUUGGCAAGAUUGUAAAUUCUCUCGCCGAAAAAGAUACGAGAGAGGAAAGUGUUUUGAGAGGAGGAAGUGUGAUGAGAGACAGUGUAAGGGGCGAAAGCGUCCCAAUUGGUGACAGCAACAGAAGCAGGGCUGGAAGUGUGGAGUCGAAAAAGAGCAGAGGCCCGGAAGUGAUAAUGGACAGCCAAAUCAAAAUGGAAAGCGUAGAAGAAGAUGAAGAAGAAAACGCGGAGGAAGAAGAUGUCGAUGAAAGCGAAGGAACGAUCAUUGCUGAGCAAGAAAAGACCAUUGUUCCUCCCGAGGAGGAGGAAUCGUUGUUAGAACAACAAUUGCAGGAUAGUCUGGUUGAAAGUCUCUUGGAUGAUGAUGGAGAUAUUGAGAUGGGUAUGUAG